AUGUCCACCGAAGUCUCCCAGUCCCUGGCUGCCGCAAUGGCCAGACCUCAGAUUGGCAUCGACAGACUGCCUGCCCGCCGAGUCUCAAACGAACCCCGGGAGGCCAUGAAUUGCAAGAGUUGCAGAAAGCGAAAGAUCAAAUGCAACCGCACUCGCCCAACCUGUGAAGCCUGUCAAGUCUUCAACUGCCCGUGUAUCUAUGACGCCGUGCCAAAGAAGAGAGGCCCCAAAACCGACGUUCUCGAAGCCCUUUUGAAGCGUGUCGACGGCCUGGAAAAGCGCCUGGUCUCUGAAGGAAAGAGCGAUGACCUAGGCGAGGCCAACCCCGCGGCCACCACCACCACCACAACAGCAACUGCAACUGCCACUACCUCGACUACCGCCUCCGCCCAAGACACCACCACUGUCGACAGGAAGCCAUCAGAUGCCCCAAAGUCUCAGCCACUCCACCCAACCCCACACAUUUCCGCAAACUCCACAAGCCAUGCAUCCCAACUCAUGUCGCCCAUUGAACCAAGCGUGCAAUCACCCAGCCUGUCCCCAGAUCUCCUUCUCGAUACCUACUUUGCUAGAAUACACGGCAAACCCUACUACGUCCUAGAUGAGUCGACCACGAGACAGCGAUUACAGGCCAAUCAACUACCCGGACACUUAGCCUAUGCCAUUUAUGCCGUGAGUGCCAGAUAUGCGCCCCACUUUGGCGGAUACGGCGCUGCUGUGCGAAUCGGACAAGAGUAUGCCCGCCGCGCUCGGCUAGAGCUUGACAUUGACGAGCCCUCGAUCGAGGCCUUGCAGACGCUCAUGCUGCUGUCGCAAGCAAGUUUCCAGCUGGGCAAGGGCAAAAAAGCCUUUAUGCUGCUGAGUUCGGCCAUCAGCAUGGUCUUCGCCCUCGAUCUCCAUCGCGAGCUGCCCACCGUCGUCAAGGUUACAUCGGCCGAACGAGAAGGCCGACGGCGACUUUUCUGGUCAUGUUACCUCAUGGAUCGUUUUGCUGCAACCGGCUCCAAGCGACCUUCAUUAAUCGCAGAUGAAUCCAUUGUACUCCGAAUGCCCAGCUGGCAGCUCCACCCGGGUGGAAUGCUAAUCGACGGUGACUAUUUUCCAAAUGGAUGCAACCUGCAGUACAUGGGCGGCACUGGAAAAGGAGGACAGGGAAGCAUGGGUAUGCUGAUUGGUAUAUCACGGAUCCUAGGCAUAACCAAUCGCUACCUUGCAGCAGGCGGUGUAAAGGGCGACUCACACUUUCCCUGGCAUUCAUUAUCCAACCUAUCCAAAAUCCGCCAAGAACUCGACACAUGGGCCUCGGACACGCAGGACACGUUUACAUCCAUUGACGCUCUCUUUGGCCAGCCCGACAGCACCAUACUGGUUCUUAGCAAGCUGGUUUAUCAUCUUAUACAUUGUCUCAUCUACCGGCCUUUUCUUCCUGUCGAUCUAGCCGAGUUGUCAGGGACGUCUCAGCAUCAGCCCUGGCAAAUCGAAGCCACCAAUUUGUGCUUUCUCCACGCAAACGCCAUUGCCGAACUCGUUGAGAUUGGAAGAGCCUCCUCUAUCAUGGACUGGCCAGCUUUUAUCGGCUAUUGUGUGUGCACCGCAGGCACUAUCCACGUUCAUGGUGCACACUAUCCAAGUCGAGAAGGCGAGGUCUUCUCAGUGAGUGCAGAGUUUCUCUCGCGUGAGAUGCAACAGCUCUCUGAGCUUCGCUUCGUCUGGGCGAGUGUUCAGCACCAACGAGACACUCUGCAAGCCAUUUACGGAUGUCAUUCAGAGCUUGUCCAAUCUCUGGCAAGCAACCCGAUGCGAUAUGCUCCGGUAUUCCAGCUUGAGGACUUUUUCGAUAGAUAUCCUGGCCAAGUCUUUGAUGGGGCGCACAUCACAUUCAUGGACAUUGCUAUUGAGUCUAUGAACGAAGGCCUGGCAACCUUCAACAUCGAGCAACGCAACAACAUGUACAUGACCAGCGGCGUCAUUGGAAACAUCCAGGGAUACCAAAAACAACAAGUUCCAUCGCAGCGCUCUCAUUACUCAAGUAGCCAUCCAAACAAGAGGCGGAGAGCAACCAUUUCUUCUUCCAAAGCAUCAGCCCAAUCGCAACCUCUACCUCCAACACCCACAUUGGCCACCCAUCUGCCACCGGCUGUACAUACACAUAGGCCUUCUGAGAGCGAAACUUCAGAGUCAAACUCGAGCCCUGGAGAUACCAAGGCCCCUACUGACUCUAGUCUACCUCCCUGCACACCACCAGUACCAAACAAUUCACUGAACCCCCCAAACCUCAGCGGCGGUGGACUCGCUCUCCCUUUCUCACCAAACUUUUCCUUCUCUCCAUUACCGCAAUUUGCAAGUUUAGCGCCAUCACCGGUUCCUCGGCCAGCAAACCUCAACCAAGACCAACAUCACCAUUCAAUCAAUUUCGAUCCUGUGCUCAGUAUGCCGCCGCCUCCGUACGACCAGCAGCCAACUCCCGGGGCAGGCAGCACAUCAGGCGCUUCAGCGCAUACCGAUCCUGAUAGCAAGGAUCCGUUUCUGAGUUUGCUUGAGCAGCUUGCAGAGAAUGAGGUUAGCAGAGGCGGCCCGAGCGAGCUAGAUUUCUUCUUGAGUGGACAGAGUGGUUAAUAUGCGCAAGCCUUCAAUAGGCUCAAAUUCUCGGAGGUGGCAACCUCGCAAUAUCACGACGGAUUACCGGGGCGAACAUUCUCCAAACAGUACAGGGUUUCCGUACUUGGACGCAUUUUCAGUUUCAUCUACAUGUUUGUAAUAGCUUUGACAGCUGUUAUCAGGUUUCAUUUCCGAUCACCAAAAUUCACAUGGAAUCCAAAAUCUUGACGCAUUUCAAAAUCAGCGCGGCGCAAAACUGGGGGCAUUCGGAUUAGAGAAAGGCUAGCUUCUCAGCGGUUGGGGGACAUACGGGCGGGUCAAACUCUACUUUACGGCAAUUACAUAUAAACUUGUAUAAUCUUCGUCGACAAGUAAUUCACAAGGCGCUUUCUUGCGGCAAGCCGGCAUCAUCAAUUAUCGCCGGCUCCGCACCA